UGCCCCCUUUGUGUGUUUGUGAGGAUGUUGGCUGAGCUCAGUGAGGCUGGGGGAGAGAGGAGCAGCGUGUUCUGGGUCAGUGGCGGCUCAGGUUGUUGUUUUUCUCCUUUUUGAUCAACUGAUCAUCGUUGGAUCUGAUGAAUGAAAACUACAACUGCAGCAACAACAGCCUGACUGACCGACAGACAGAGAGAGAGAGAGAGAGAGCGAGCGAGCGAGCACACCUCGACCCGGGACUACACACAAACACACACUCUCUCACACGCACACACACACACCCAGCACCCCCUCCUCCCUUCCCGGACACCCCCUCGGUCCAUUCUCCGGCGGUCCCACGUCAUUUUCCCUCCUCCCUCGCCGACCGAGGAGCGAGGUUUCAGGAGGGAUUAGACCCAGCGAGGAGCGUUUCUCUGUCCAAUAUUAAACCGCUGGGAACAUGUCGGGCAGCGAGGAUGACAGGGAGGACUUCGGAGCCGCGGACGAGCCCUCACUUCCCCACGCAGAUGAAGACGAGCCGGCCGGUGUCAUGUCUGAAGUGGAGGAGGUGCCCAAGUCCAAGAAGAAGAAGAAAGCCAAGAAGAGCAGCAGAGAGAGCAGGAGCAGUAAGAGGCAGAGGCCCGUCAGAGAGGAGUUGCCAGUCAGCUCCCCUGAGCACCUGAUCGGAGUAGAAGUGGUGGAGAGAGAUGCAGACGAGGGAGGUGUGCGGUCAGAGAGUGAAGGAAGCGAUUAUGCCCCCGGCAGGAAAAAGAAGAAACGCCUCAGCUCGGCCAAAGAAAAGAAAAAGGGAGGUGGGGCCGGAGAGAAAGGAGGCUCGUCCAGUUCAAAGAGCAAACGCAAGGACCCCGAACCAGAAGACGACGACGACGACGAUGAUGAUUGCCAGCCCAAAAGCUCCUCCCAGCUGCUGGAAGCCUGGGGCAUGAAAGACAUUGACCACGUCUUUACUCAGGAAGACUACAGCUCCCUCACCAACUACAAGGCCUUCAGUCAGUUUGUUAGGCCGUUAAUUGCAGGUAAGAACCCCAAAAUUGCUGUGUCAAAGAUGAUGACUCUGAUGAUGGCUAAGUGGAGAGAAUUCAGCACCAACAACCCUCUGAAGGGUUGCGCCACUGCCAAUGCAGCUCUGGCAGCUGCCAACGUGGCUGCAGCUGUGGAGAACAUGGUGGUGGCAGGGACAGAUGGAGGGGCAGAGACAGGUGCCGCCCCUUCACCCAAACCCGCGCCAACUCCUGUUGCUGCACCGACACCCCCUGCACCCCCAGCACCUCCUCUCCGCAAGGCCAAGACCAAAGAGGGCAAAGGUCCCAAUGCUCGCAGGAAGUCGAAACCUACGCCUAAGCCUCCACCGAAACCCAAACCUAAAAAAGUGGCUCCACUCAAGAUCAAACUUGGGGGCCUCAACAGCAAGAGGAAGCGCUCCUCAAGUGAUGAGGAUGAACCAGAUGUUGAAAGCGACUUUGACGACGGGAGUUUCUCAGUGUCUGAUGGCUCCAAUCGCAGCAACCGCCCUAAGAAGAAGCCCAAGAGCGCGAAGAAAAAGAAGAAAGUGGAGACGGAAGACGGCGAUGGCUACGAGACAGACCACCAGGACUACUGCGAAGUGUGCCAGCAGGGAGGAGAGAUCAUUCUGUGUGACACCUGCCCGAGAGCCUAUCACAUGGUCUGUCUGGACCCCGACAUGGAGAAAGCACCUGAGGGCAAGUGGAGCUGCCCACACUGUGAGAAGGAGGGCAUCCAGUGGGAGGCCAGAGAUGAGCUCUCCGAGGCUGAAGGGGAGGAAGAGGAAGACAGGAGGGAUGAAGGGGUGGAGGAGGAAGAUGACCACCACAUUGAGUUCUGCCGGGUGUGCAAGGACGGAGGGGAGCUACUUUGUUGUGACACCUGCCCCUCCUCCUAUCACAUCCACUGCCUCAACCCUCCCCUCCCCGAAAUCCCCAACGGAGAGUGGAUCUGCCCCCGCUGCAAGUGUCUACCAAUGAAGGGAAAAGUCCAGAAGGUUUUGAUUUGGAAAUGGGGGGAGCCACCAGCCCCCAUACCUGUCUCCCGGCCUGUCGACCUGCCUGCUGAUGCUCCUGAUCCCCCUCCGCUGGUGGGACGCAGAGAGAGGGAGUUCUAUGUCAAAUGGUGCAAUUUGUCCUACUGGCACUGCUCUUGGGUGCAGGAGCUACAGUUGGAACUGAACUGCCAGGUGAUGUUCCGUAACUACCAGAGGAAGACUGACAUGGACGAGCCGCCGCCUGUGGACUUUGGAGGCGAGGGCGUUGAGGUCAAGAGCACCAAGAGGAAACACAAAGAUCCUCUCUUUGUUCACAUGGAAGAGGAGUUUUACCGUUAUGGAGUCAAGAUGGAGUGGUUGAUGAUCCACCGCAUCCUCAACCACAGUGUUGAUAAAAAGAGCAACGUACAUUACCUGAUUAAAUGGAGAGAUCUGGCCUAUGACCAGUCCACCUGGGAGAGCGAGGAAAUGGACAUUCCGGAGUUUGACACCUACAAACAGACAUACUGGAAUCACAGAGAGUUGUUGGUGGGUGAAGAGGCCAGACCUGGCAAGAAGCUGAAGAAGCUGGUAAAAGUCAAGAAGGCAGAGCGGCCGCCGGCUAAUCCAGUCAUAGAUCCCACCAUCAAGUUUGAUCGUCAGCCUGACUACCUGGAAAGCACAGGAGGCACGCUGCAUCCUUACCAGCUGGAGGGGCUGAACUGGCUGAGGUUUUCAUGGGCUCAGGCCACCGACACCAUCCUGGCCGAUGAGAUGGGUUUAGGCAAGACUGUACAGACGGCGGUCUUUCUCUACUCAUUGUACAAAGAGGGUCACUCCAAAGGCCCGUUUCUGGUCAGCGCUCCCCUGUCUACCAUCAUUAACUGGGAGAGAGAGUUUGAGAUGUGGGCCCCUGACAUGUACGUGGUGACCUACGUAGGUGACAAGGACAGCAGAGCCGUCAUCAGGGAGAAUGAGUUCUCGUUUGAAGGAAAUGCCAUCCGAGGUGGAAAAAAGGCCUCUAGGAUGAAGAAAGACUCAACAGUCAAGUUCCAUGUUCUGCUGACAUCCUAUGAAUUGAUAACUAUUGACCAGGCUGUACUGGGCUCCAUUGAAUGGGCCUGUCUGGUUGUAGAUGAAGCACACAGACUCAAGAACAACCAGUCCAAGUUCUUCCGAAUCUUGAACAACUACCCGCUGCAACACAAGCUGCUGCUGACCGGCACUCCUCUUCAGAACAACCUGGAGGAGCUCUUCCACUUGCUGAACUUCCUGACCCCAAUGAGAUUCAACAACCUGGAGGGGUUUCUUGAGGAGUUUGCGGACAUCGCCAAAGAGGACCAGAUCAAGAAGCUGCAUGACAUGCUGGGACCACACAUGCUCAGGAGGCUGAAGGCUGAUGUUUUCAAACACAUGCCCUCCAAGACUGAGCUCAUUGUGAGAGUGGAGCUGAGUCCCAUGCAGAAGAAAUAUUACAAGUUCAUCCUAACACGUAACUUUGAGGCCCUGAACACUCGUGGAGGAGGAAACCAGGUCUCGUUGCUCAAUGUGGUGAUGGACCUCAAAAAGUGCUGCAAUCACCCCUACCUCUUCCCUGCUGCUGCCAUGGAGGCAGCAAAACUUCCAAAUGGCAUGUAUGAGGGCGCUGCUCUGACUAAGGCUUCAGGAAAACUGAUGCUGCUCAUGAAGAUGAUGAGGAAGCUGAAGAAUGGAGGCCACAGAGUUCUGGUCUUCUCUCAGAUGACUAAAAUGCUGGACCUGCUGGAGGAUUUCUUGGAGAAUGAAGGUUACAAAUAUGAGAGAAUUGAUGGAGGAGUCACUGGCAGCAUGAGACAGGAGGCCAUUGAUCGUUUUAACGCUCCCGGGGCUCCUCAGUUUGCUUUCCUCCUCUCCACCAGAGCUGGUGGUUUGGGCAUUAAUCUCGCCUCUGCUGACACUGUCGUCAUUUACGACUCUGACUGGAACCCCCACAAUGACAUCCAGGCGUUCAGCAGAGCUCACCGAAUUGGCCAGAACAGGAAGGUGAUGAUUUAUCGCUUUGUCACCAAAGCCUCUGUGGAGGAGAGGAUAACACAGGUGGCGAAGAAGAAGAUGAUGCUCACCCACUUGGUGGUGCGGCCUGGUCUUGGCUCUAAGACAGGCUCCAUGUCCAAGCAGGAGCUCGAUGAUAUCCUCAAGUUUGGAACUGAAGAGUUGUUUAAAGGUGAAUUCGGAGAAGGGGACAACAAAGAGGAUGACAGCAGUGUGAUCCACUACGAUGACCGCGCGAUUGACCGCCUGCUAGACAGGGACCGGGAUGCCACAGAUGACACUGAGCUUCAGAGCAUGAACGAAUACCUCAGCUCCUUUAAAGUGGCCCAGUACGUGGUCAAAGAUGAAGAAGAUGAGGAGGAGGAGGUGGAAAGGGAGGUGAUCAAGCAGGAGGAAAGUGUUGAUCCUGACUACUGGGAGAAACUGCUUCGACACCACUACGAGCAACAGCAAGAAGAUCUCGCCCGAAAUUUAGGCAAAGGCAAAAGAACUCGAAAGCCAGUCAACUACAAUGACGGCUCCCAGGAGGACCGAGGUAUAAGACAGGACUGGCAGGAGGAUCAGUCGGACAACCAGUCUGAUUACUCGGUGGCCUCAGAAGAAGGUGACGAGGACUUUGAUGAACGGACAGAAGCUAACGCCCGCAGACCGAACCGUAAAGGGCUGAGGAACGACAGGGACAAACCUUUGCCGCCGCUGUUGGCCCGGGUCGGCGGGAACAUUGAGGUGUUGGGCUUCAAUGCUCGGCAGAGGAAGGCUUUCCUGAAUGCAGUGAUGCGUUAUGGGAUGCCUCCUCAGGACGCUUUCACCAACCAGUGGCUGGUGCGGGACCUCAGAGGAAAAUCGGAGAAAGAAUUCAAGGCUUACGUGUCCCUGUUCAUGCGUCACCUUUGUGAGCCGGGGGCUGAUGGAGCCGAGACUUUUGCAGACGGCGUCCCACGAGAGGGUCUGUCAAGGCAACACGUGCUUACUCGCAUUGGUGUGAUGUCCCUCAUAAGGAAAAAGGUUCAGGAGUUUGAGCAUGUGAACGGUCAGUGGUCGAUGCCCUGGAUGGCGGAGCUGGAGGAGAACAAAAGGGCUGCGGCUCUGGCUGCCGGUGAAGACCCUAAGACUCCCUCUUCUGGGACCCCUGCAGACACACAGCCCAACACACCGGUCCCAGAGGAUUUGUCUAAGUCAGAGGACAAGGAAGACAUAAAGAAGGAGGGAGAAGACUCCAAAGGAGCCAAGAAGGCAGAGGAUCCAGAGAUUAUUGAAAUCCCAGAUGAAUCUGAAAAAUCCCCAGAGGCUGAAAAGAAAGAAGGAGAGACGGACUCUGCUGCAGGGAAGGAGGAGAAAGAGAAGGAGACAGUAGAUGGAGACGAAGUGAAGGAGAAGGAGGCUGAAGACACGAGCAAGGAGAAGGAAGAGAAGGACCAGACGUCUGACACGGGGGAGAAAGACACUCCUGCUGUGAAGGGUGAAGGUUCAGAGGGGAAGCCGGAUUCAGAGGAGGACAAGUCUAAAGCUGAGGACGGCAAAGACGAAAAGAUGGACACCACUCCACCUUCAGAGGAGAAGAAAGAGCAAAAAGAGGAGAAAGAUGGCGUGAAAACAGACGAGACUGGCAAACUGCAGAAUGGAGAGAGCACCAAAGAAGGAGGAACAGCUGCACCGGUGGUUAACGUCACCGAGGAGAAGAAGAAAGCCACCAAGCAGAGGUUCAUGUUCAACAUUGCUGACGGAGGAUUCACAGAGCUUCACUCUCUGUGGCAGAAUGAAGAGCGAGCAGCCACCGUCACUAAGAAGACCUUUGAGAUUUGGCACCGUCGCCAUGACUACUGGUUGCUGGCCGGCAUCAUACAACACGGCUACGCUCGGUGGCAGGAUGUGCAGAACGACGUGAGGUUCGCCAUCCUCAACGAGCCGUUCAAAGGGGAGAUGAGCCGAGGAAACUUCCUGGAGAUCAAGAACAAGUUUCUGGCCCGCAGGUUCAAGCUAUUGGAGCAGGCACUGGUGAUCGAGGAGCAGCUGCGCAGGGCAGCCUACCUGAACAUGACAGAAGACCCGGCACAUCCUUCAAUGGCCCUCAACACUCGCUUCAGUGAGGUGGAGUGUCUCGCCGAGUCCCACCAGCACCUCAGCAAGGAGUCCAUGUCUGGAAACAAACCUGCCAAUGCAGUGCUGCAUAAAGUUCUCAAACAGCUCGAGGAACUGUUGAGUGACAUGAAGGCCGACGUCACGCGUCUCCCAGCGACCAUUGCUAGGAUACCCCCGGUAGCUGUGCGGCUGCAAAUGUCAGAGAGGAACAUCCUCAGCCGAUUGGCCAGCCGAGGCCCUGACCUCACCGCCCAGAACCAGUCACAGACCUCACAGCAGAUGCAGGUGCCGCGCUGACCAAUCACCUCACAUAUGUCGCGCUCACUGACUUGACCGAGGCCCGUCGCCCUCACCUCACCGCCAUGUAGCAGACGUCCUCCCCCUUAACAACCGUGUACAGCACAGUCAGGUUAGUCCUCCUCGCUCUGCACCCCCAACCCAUCUCCGGACUCAGAAGAACAUCAGCUGUGCUGCUGGACUUUGAAUUUGAAAAGACUGGACCUGUAGAUGCAGGACGGGAGUGAACGAACGAAUCAUCUCUCGUUCUGUGGCAGACUAGAAACUCGUUUUCUCCUCCACUGGGAUUCAGAUUGAACUCCUCUAACCUGAGGACUGUCGACAGUUGUGACUACUACAGGCAGCUCCACUGACCUGUCCUGUUCUGUCUUUACAGCAGGGUCAAACUUGUGUGUGUAACUACGUGUAACAUUAAGCUGACAAAGGGUAGACGGGAGAAAAAGCAGCAUGUUUGCAGCAUACUGGUGCUUUGUAGUAACUUUUGGAUUAUUAAAGAAAUCAAGGGAUUUUAUUGUGCUCAUUCUCACCUGUAGAAAGUUGUGAUAUUUUAACUUUUUUUCAACUCUAAUGUCCUCACCUAUAUGUGUGUGCGUGUGGAGACCGAAAGAGUGUGUGUGCGUGUGUGUAUCUAUAAAUUGGGCAUAUUGAUGUGCAUCUCUACUGCAGAAUGCCCCCACACUGAGAGACUGUUACUGUCGCUGUUACCUCUCCCUCCCUCCUCGCCCUCCCUCCCAAACCUCCGCUCGCCCCAUCAGUAGACCCCGAUUCGAGAGCGGCUCUCUGCGCUCACACCCCAACCAGCACCUCCACAUUCCUAACGGCGACACAGAUUUGCUCUUUGGAAAUGAUCCUGUCCUAAAAUAUGGACUUGCAAUAGCUCCACAGCGCUUAGGUACCGUGGAUGGUUUCAAGAAUGAUGGCAAUCUUAAUUUAAUUUCUUACUGUCUAUCGUUACAUUACUGAAUAUUAUUAUUCUGGUUACCACCUUGUUGUUUUUAUCAUUGCUGUUGUUUUUAUGGAUUACAAUAAAAAGUCAACAGUU